AUGUCUGCACUUCAGCCCACCCUCAGCAAUAGCGGUGCAGCACGAGCUGCGCCCGAUGCUAGACAACAAGCUCUGCUAGAAACGCUGCGACCUCACCGCUCCUCUCUACCCACCACACUCUACCUCUUGUCGUUCUGUCCGAAACUCUCUUACCGGCCUCGCGAAUUCUUCGGGCAUCCAGGGGUCAUCUACGCCUUCGGAUUCUUCAGCGCCCUAGUCGCCGGUCUUGGCAUCUUAUCCCUCGACAUUCUCUAUGGUGUAGUGUGGACAGCACAGAUCAGCGGACCUGAUGUUCCCGAGUCCGUGAUCAGAUCUUCUUCGAACAGGACAGCAUGGAUCAUGACAGUAUGCGCCUGCAUCUACUUUGUUUUCUGUUGGGUCUUCUUGGCUUGCUUCUCUUCCGCAUCUCACCAGCUCAGCCAAAGAUUGGCGCACGCAUACGUCGCCUCUUGCCUCUCUCAAGAUGCUGCGUUUCACGACAAACAUGGAGCUGGCGAAAUUGCGACACACGCCGGCAAGGAGGUUGGACUGAUCAGAGUGGUGUAUGGCGAAAAGGUGGGUGCAUAGAGACGCAGCCUGCUCCGUCUGGCCGAGUGUACCAGCUCCGUCUGCUAACGGUUUUCACUUCAUCCUUUGCGAAACUCCAUAGCUCGGCUUCGUUGUGUGGUCAAUGUCCACCCUGAUCGCAUCGGUAAUCACUGGCUUCAUCAAGAAUGCGCGUGUAGCGGGAACGUUAUUCUCCCUGAUCCCUUUCGCCAUCAUUCUCUUUACCGUCAUUGCCAUCUACCGUGAAAAGGUGGCUGGACCCUUGCUUAGACUAGAAGGCCAGGCCAGUAGCUUCACAGAAGAAUGUCUUUCUGGCGCACGAAUCCUACAAGCCUUCGGUAUGCGCUCUCAUGUCGUCAAGCGAUUCGAUGAAGCAUACCUGCGGCCUCUCCGUCAGCUGGGUAUCAAGCGUGGAUACUAUCGCAGUGGGGAGAACGCAGUUUUCUGGUUCACAGUCAUGCUUUGUGAGUUUCUUCAUCGCUAUCAUGGGCCACUAGCGUGCUGUCCUCUGGGUGACGGGCACUGACAAGUUCUCUUCACCAUCGUGUCGUAGCGUAUCCGCUGGCUUUCUUCGCUAUCGCUAGAUUCUUCGGAGAGACCGGCCCUUCGUGAGUGUCGCUAUCCGUAUGCAGCAGCUAUGUGGUCUGUGCUGACCUCGAAGGCCUGUCUUCGCAGACUCACCGCUUUCUGGAACUACCUGAAUGCUCUAUUCGCGAUGGCAAACGUGGCACCCAUGGUCUCCAGCCUAGUCGACGCCCACUCUGCCAUGACAUUCCUUCGGCGCACCAUCGAGCGGCAACCACUCAUCGAGCUCCGGGAUGCCGGUGGCGAGAAACCCGUUCUCACUGGACCUCCUUCCGUGGAUCUGAUUGACGUGCGGCUUGCAUACCCAAGUCGCCCAAGCAUCGCCAGUCUCGAUGGCGUCUCGCUCCACAUUCCCGCCGGAAAGGUCACAGCUUUGGUGGGCCAAAGCGGGUCCGGCAAAAGCACAAUUACUGAGCUGCUGAUGCGCUCAUAUGACCCCUUGACCUCCAAUUUGAUUCGGGAAGAUGAUGCUGCAGACGAAGCAGCUGACCGUGCCGCUCUAGGCAUGCAGACUGAGGAAGAAAAGGACGCUGCAGCGACCAAAAAGAAGAAGAGUGGUUUGCUGCGAUCUGUUACCAAGCCGCGUCGCAAAACGACUGAGAGCAGCGAGAAGAGCGACGAGGCCGACGUCGAGUCUACGGCUGCCAUCAAGGCUAAAGGAAAGGCUCACAUUCAAGGCCAAGGCAAGGUCCUCUUUCAUGGUCAUGAUUUGCGAGACCUCAACCUCAGCUGGCUCCGGUCGCAGAUCGCCAUUGUGCGACAAAUGCCGCAGGUCAUGUCAGCCACUAUCUUCGAGAAUGUGGCAGCGGGUCUCUGCGGUACGCCUUACGAGUACCACACCCCGAAAAGUGGACAGACCCUGUCACCAGAGGAGCAGACCCGGUAUAAUGCGAUCCGCGACAAGGUGGUCGAAGCACUUGAGAAGGCGCAAGCAUGGGGAUUCGUCUGCAAGCUACCGAAUGGCGUCGACACGCAUGUGUCGGGAGGCAAGACGGGACUGCUCUCUGGAGGUCAAAGACAGCGCAUCGCCAUUGCGCGAGCACUCAUCCGCCAGCCUGCACUGCUCAUUUUGGAUGAAGGCACAUCCGCCUUGGAUUCCCAGAGCGAGGCCGGAAUUCGCGAGAUGCUGAAAGAGGAACAAGCCAAGCGCGGUAUGACGACCAUCCUCAUCGCUCACAGACUCAGUACGAUAGCACACGCGGAUCAGAUCGUCGUUAUGCGAGCGGGACAGAUUGUCGAUCGUGCGACGACAGAGGCCCAAGAAGGCUCUGCUCACGAUCAGCUGAUGCAGGCCAAGCGCCAGGACGAGACUUACCGUACGAUGGUGUUGACGCAGCGCGCGGCUUUGUCACAAGACUCCACCUCCGACGAACCCCAGAGCGAUGACACAUCCGACGCAAGCUCAUGCGACGAGGUGCUCAAUUCCGACAUGGCGACUACUCGAGUGGCACCAUCCCUCCAACCUUUCAGGUCUCCCUCGCACUCGUCGGGUCUUUCAAUGCACUCUCUUGCCCCUCGGCGCAGCCGAGUCACCGACAUUCCUAUGCCGAUGGCUGGAGGUCGCGGAGGUGUACACUCUCAUCUGGGCCACGCCGAAGAAGCAGCCGCCCCCGCAGCAGAACAGCAUGUAGACAGCGACGCAGGAACUCCGAAGAAGUAUCUGAGCAACUUUUUCAAGCUUGCUGGUCGAUAUAAGAGUCUCUGGUUGAUCGGCAUUGUCGGAGGCAUUGCAACAGGUGUGGCCUUCCCAGUGGCUGGAUGGAGAACCGGACCUGCCGUUGAUGGUCUGACCAUUCCUCGCGAGACAAUGAACGCCCUCAGAGUCUCCGUCACAAAUCGUAACGCCCUUUGGUUCUUCCUCAUCGCCAUCGCUGUUCUCCUCCUGGUCAUCAUCCACUCGAGUGCUCUGGAAGCGGCAUCGGAGUUGCUCGUGCGCAGACUCAAGGUGAUGGGCUUUGCCGCUGUGAUUCGACAAGAGAUUGGCUGGUUCGAUUCGCCGGACAACCAUCCUGGAUCGCUCACCUCUGCCGUCGCGACCAAUCCUCAGUCGGUGGCCGCGGCGACCGGUGUGAUCUUCGCACAGAUUUUGAUCGGCUCCGCCAACCUGAGCGGUAGCGUCGUGCUGGGCUUCAUCCUUAGCACAAAAUUUGCCCUAGUCGUCCACGCUCCAAUCGUUGCCAUUCUACUAGCUGGUGGGGUCAACGUCUACUUUUUGGAGCGCUACGAACGCGACGUCUCUGUUCCAGCUGGCCAUGCUGCAUCAUACGUGGCGGAGAACAUGGACGCUGUGCGAGAAGUGGCUGCGCUCGGCAGAGAGCUCGAAAUCAUGCGAGUCUUCGAUGAGCGCGCAAAAGCAGCCCCUUCGAGGAACAGGUACCUCAUCUUUGGAGCGGGCGGCUUUGCCUUUGCUCAGGCGAUGGUGCUCUUCGUUUCUGCGCUCGUCUUCUACUGGGGAGGCCAGCUGUAUGCGGACGGCACCAUGUCUCAGAGCGUUCUCUACUCUGGGUUUGAAGCGGCAGUCAUUGGAACUUUUUCGGCAGGAAGGCUUCUCACAUUUCUGCCAGACAUAGGACGUGCAGCGGCAGCGUUCAAGAUGGUCAUUGGAUGGUCCGAACGAAAGCCCAAGAUUGCUUCGAUGAUUUCCGCCGAUGCACCUCCUACGCCCGAAGAGAAACGAUUCGCGGGACUUGGCGACAUCGUUUUCAGUGACGUCGAAUUGAGAUACCCCCAGCGACCGGACCAUCCCGCUUUGCAGCACCUCAACUUGACGAUCAAGAGUGGCAAGACGCACGCUUUCGUCGGACCGAGUGGCAGCGGCAAGAGCACCAUCCUGCAACAGAUUGCCCGCUUCUACGAUCCCUGCCAAGGCACGCUAAAAGUGGGUGAUGUGGACGUGCGCAAAAUCCCGCUGGAAGAGUAUCGCGAAUCCAUCGCGCUGGUCAGUCAAGAAUCGGUCCUGAUCAGCGGAAGCGUUCGAUGGAACCUGAGCCUAGGCGCCAGAGACCCUUCGAGCGUCACGCAAGAGCAGCUGGAAGAGGCGUGCGAACAAGCAAACAUCUUGGACUUCAUCAGGGGCUUGCCACAAGGCUUCGACACGGACUGUGGAACAAAGGGGACCCAACUUAGCGGUGGACAGAAGCAACGCAUCUGCAUCGCCAGAGCACUCAUGAGGGACCCGCAGAUUCUUUUGCUGGACGAAGCGACUAGCGCACUGGAUGCUGAGUCGGAAGUAAGCGUGCAGAGAGCGCUUGACAGGGCGAGCAAAGGUCGCACUGUCGUCACCAUUGCCCAUCGACUGAGCACGAUCAGACAUGCGGACACCAUCCAUGUGGUGGAGGAUGGCCAAAUAAGGGAAUCCGGUACACACUCGGCACUGCUGGAAAGGAAGGGUCGAUACUUGGAGUUGGUGCAAGCGCAAUUGUAG